GAGGGGAGCAGCGAGCGAUCGGGCAGCUUACCGCGAUGGCCAAUCCAAAAUGCGGGCUCCUGGCCGAUCGAUUUUGGCGGAGACCCCUUUCUAUCUCUACUAUUUUCUUUGCCAUUUUCUUGGAUUUAGGGUUAGGUCACCAGCAAAUGGCGAUGGCGGUGCGAUCGACCUACAGGCAUCUCCUCCGGGUCGUGAAGAAGCAUGUAAGUAGCGAAGCGCAUUUCAAGGAAUUCAUGGCGGAAGAGUUCCGGAAGAAUGCGGCGCUCUCCCCCGCCGAUGCCUACGAUAAGCUCCGGCUCGCCAAGGAUUAUGCCUCGUUGGUCGCCAGCGUCCACCAUCACAGCGAUCUUCUCUUGUCUUACAACAUAGCUGUGGACCGAUCGGAAGAGGAGAAGGAGCGAUUGAAAGACACUGCUCAUAGAGUCGGCCUCCAGCUCCCCGAAGUCUACAAAGAGGACACACAACUGAACUCAGCAGCCAACUAGCCACUUUCCUCCAUUUUUGUAGAACCAGCACAACGAGCCAGAUGCUCGAGCUGUGAGGUACGUGUCUUGUGUAAGUGGAAUUUUAUUUGGCUGUGCCGUCCUCAGCCUCGUUGAAUAAGAAUAAUAGGCUUCCGUUACAGGAAACUGAGCGAAGCUUGAUUUGGAUGCUUUCGUCCGUCCCUCUGACUGAAUCGAUGCAAAGCUUUCUCGAUCCACUCGCUCCGGGUUUGCAUAUUUCUCUGUGCCGUGAAAUCUCUUUUAGUUCCUGCUUUCUUUCUUGUUUGCGUUGCGUUCUUCUUACGCCGGCUCUCUACCAUCGCAUGAAUGAAUUGAUUACUUUUGAGCA